AAUCCAAUGUUUGAUAUGACGUCUGUUGCAUCUGUGCUGUAAGAAUUGUUGAGCGCCACAGUCUGCAGAAACCAAACGCACGCUGUUUUAUUAUCAUGGUUCAGUUUAAAUAGGCUACUGGAGACGCGCGUCUUCUCUCUUCUAAACACAGCCGGUAGUUUAAAGUCUGAAUUUGUGAUAUUGAAAACCAACGGGACUUGCUGCCACCAAACAGUUUGUUUGUCAACUGUCUGACAUUCAUUUGGGAUUAAAAUGGUCAUCAAGGUUUACAUCGCCUCCUCAACCGGCUCUGUCGCGGUUAAAAAGCAUCAACAGGCAGUGGUGGGUUUUCUGGAGGCCAAUCGAAUCAGCUUCCAGGAAGUAGACAUCACCAUGCUGGAGGAGCAGAGGCUCUGGAUGUACCGGAACAUCCCCAGAGACAAGCUGCCGGAGAAAGGCAACCCGCUGCCUCCACAGAUCUUCAACGAGGAUCGAUAUUGUGGGGACUAUGAAGACUUCUUCCAGUCGAAAGAGGACAACACUGUGUUUGCAUUCCUUGGGCUCAGUUCCCAGCCCUCAGUGAAAGAUUCUGAGUCAUAGCCUAGAUCAAACUCUUAAAAUAGGAGGAUGGAAACUGCAUUGCUUCCUGUGUUGCACCACCUCUUCUCUCGUGUUCCUCCUGCUAUGAUGCCAGCAUGUUGCCAAACAUCAGACCCCGCGGAUUUCCUGUAUGACCUCUCCUGACUCUGUAAACUCUCAUUCCACCAUCACUUAAAUCUGCAAGAAGAGUCUUGAUUCUCAAGAGAGACUUGUUCACAGAACAAGAGGAUUAACUUUAUGAUGAAUGCAUUUGUGUUUUCCUUUCAUGUUUAACACACUGUGACAGCAAGCACUGGCAGUAGCAUAAACAAAGUGCAAACUAGAUGGAGCAGCUUUUGCAUCAGUAGACCAGUUGCUUUAUGUAAAUCUACAAUACCUACAAUACAGUGGAUGGAGGAAUUACUGAUCAGGUGCAGCACAAGUCACCAAAAAACACACAUUUUGUGUGUGUGUGUGUGUGUGUGUGUGUGUGUGUGUGUGUGUGUGUGUGUGUGUGUGUGUGU